AUGUCUGACCUAUUGAACAAGCCACUACCAACUGGUGAUUUGAAAUUCCAGUGGAUCGACAUCGAUGAGCAGGAUCCAAACCAGGAGUCGUGUAAGAUGCCACAGACCGAGGAAUGGUCCAAGUUCAUCGCCCAGAACAAGACCGUGGUGCUUACCGGGGCGCCAGCUGCGUUCUCGCCAACCUGUUCCAUUAACCACAUCCCAGAUUACGUGAGCUACCUGGGCGAGCUGGUCAAGGACAAGAAGGUCGACCAGGUGGUUGUCGUCACCGUCGACAACCCGUUCGCAAACCAGGCGUGGGCCAAGUCGCUGGGCGUCAAGAACACCGCCCACAUCAAGUUCGCCUCCGACGCGGGCGCCAAACUGGUCAGGAAGCUGGGCCUCGAGCUGCCUGUCGGCGACGACGUCUACUGGUCCGGCAGAUGGGCUGCCGUGGUCAAGAACGGCGUCGUCACCUACGUCGGCAAGGAGAAGAACCCUGCCACGGACGUGACCGUCUCCUCCGUUGAAAGCGUUCUGGCCCACUUGUAA